AUGGAAGAGCUAGAGGAUGAUGACGGUUAUGAUGACGGUGAUGGUGACGGUGAUGGUGAUGGUCAGAGGGAUGGUAGUAGUAGAGACAGCAGCCGUGACGAGGAGGAUCUGUCAAAGUUGAAUCUGUUGGAUUUGAGUCGUGAGAAGUUGAGACAGAGGGACCACCAAGGUGGGGAGCAGCGUGUGGUUCCACGAUCGGGAGGUAGUAGUUCUAAGUCACCUGAGAGCGAGGUGGUAUUGUCCUUGGCGGCUGCGGAAGAUUGGGAGGGUGUGCUCAGUAUGAGUCAGCUACGCGCGCACCUGGAAACAUUGGGGGUACAGGUUCGCGAAAAACAGAGCGCGAAACGCUUAAGGUGCUUACAGAUAUUGGGGGCUUUGGAGAACAAGCUGGCAUCGAGUGCUUCGAUCCAUGAUGAGUUUUGUGAUUACUUGGCCGAAAAUGCGGCCCGACAUAUUGAGGAACUUCAUUCUGGUGCUCAAACGAGAUCUAAGGUCCUACCCCACUCAGUCCUACCCCACUCAGUCCUACCCCACUCUGCUCGAGAUAAAACCCGCACCGGUCGAGACAAAACCCGCACCGGUCGGAGUAUGGUGAUACGAUUGUUGGGUAGUAUUGACGCCCAGAGUCCCCUGGUUGUCGUGGGAACAACAGGGUUCCCAAACGUGGGCAAGUCGUCGCUGAUUAACACACUCAUGGAGGGGACGGCUCGCGUUGGUGUCAGUCGUACGCCGGGGAAGACGCGACACAUCCAGACGUUGCAGGUGCCGAACAGUUUCCUGACGCUCUGUGACUGUCCGGGGUUGGUGAUGCCGACGGCCGCUUGUUCGAAAGAGUCAUUAGUGAUAAACGGGAUCAUGAACGUGGACACCUACCGCGGCACGGUCGUAAGACCCGUAAGUCAUGUGCUUCUGCGCACGGGGGAACAAAUCGCAGAAAUUUACGGUGUUACCCACACGUUCAAUAGCCUCUUCGGCACCGAAGCGCUACAUGAAAAGGCGCUACCCAUCCUCAACUUACUCGCCAGCUGCAAGGGAUACUACACCGGUACCAAGGGCGCCGUACCCGACGUCGAACGUGUUGGCCGAAUGCUCGUCAAACAAUACCUCGAAGGCAAACUCAUCAGCUAUUGCGAAGUCGCACCCAACGCUGACGUAGACGCCUGGCGCCACGAAGAACAAACCAAGUGGGCAAGCCGCAAACAAAAGUGGAGACAACACCGACAGAAGUCCAACCAACUCACCGUCACUGAGAAAGGAAUGAAGCCCAAAAAAAUUAAUGCCUCUGGACGGGUCAUACCACCACGACCCAGCUGA